GCGGUGUUGGGGAAAGUGAGCUAUGGCAGCUACGAGUGCCCUUACAGGCGUAUCUUUGCGAGAAGCCACCCAGCGAAGGUUGCGGAGGUUUUCAGAGCUUAGAGGCAAACCUGUGGCAGCUGGAGAAUUCUGGGACAUUGUUGCAAUAACAGCAGCUGAUGAUAAACAGGAACUUGCAUAUAAGCAACAGCUGUCAGAAAAGCUGAAAAAAAAGGAGUUACCUCUUGGAGUUCAAUAUCAUGUUUUUGUUGAUCCUGCUGGAGCCAAAAUUGGAAAUGGAGGAUCGACACUUUGUGCCCUUCGAUGUUUGGAAAAGCUUUAUGGAGAUGAAUGGAAUUCUUUUACCAUCCUAUUAAUUCACUCUGGUGGCUACAGUCAACGCCUUCCAAAUGCAAGUGCUCUGGGGAAAAUUUUCACUGCUUUACCUUUUGGUAGCCCCAUUUAUCAGAUGUUGGAAUUAAAACUAGCCAUGUACAUUGAUUUCCCCUCACAUAUGAAUCCUGGGAUUCUGGUUACCUGUGCAGAUGAUAUUGAACUUUAUACUACUGGAGAAUCUGAGUAUAUUAGGUUUGACAAACCUGGCUUUACUGCUUUAGCUCAUCCUUCUAGUUUGACUGUAGGUACAACACAUGGAGUAUUUGUCUUAGAACCUUUUAACUCUUUAGAACAUAGAGACCUCGAGUACAGAAGUUGCCAUCGUUUCCUUCAUAAGCCCAGCAUAGAAAAGAUGUAUCAGUUUGAUGCUGUGUGUAGACCUAGAAAUUUUUUUCAACAAAACUUUGCUGGGGGUGACAUACCCUCUCUUAAAUUAGACCCUGAGUAUGUCUACACAGACAGCCUAUUUUACAUGGAUCAUAAAACAGCGAAAAAGUUACUUGCUUUUUAUGAAAAAAUAGGUACACUGAACUGUGAAAUAGAUGCCUAUGGAGACUUUCUGCAGGCUUUGGGACCUGGAGCAACUGUGGAAUAUACCAGAAACACAUCAAAUGUUACUAAAGAAGAGUCAGAGCUGGUAGACAUGAGGCAAAGAAUAUUUCAUCUUCUUAGAGGAACAUCACUAAAUGUUGUUGUUCUUAAUAACUCCAAAUUUUAUCACAUCGGAACAACUGAAGAAUAUUUGUUUCAUUUUACUUCUGAUAGCAAUUUGAAGUCAGAGCUUGGCUUACAGUCCAUAGCUUUUAGCAUCUUUCCAGCAAUACCAGAAUGCUCUAGCAACAAAUCCUGUAUCAUUCAGAGUAUAUUGGAUUCAAGAAGUUCUGUGGCACCUGGCUCAGUUGUAGAGUAUUCCAGAUUGGGGCCUGAUGUUUCAGUGGGGGAAAAUUGCAUUAUUAGUGGUUCUUAUAUCAUAACAACUGCCGUCCUGUCUGCACAUUCUUUUGUGUGUUCCUUAAGCUUGAAGAUGAAUAGACACUUAAAGUAUUCAACUAUGGCAUGUGGAGUGCAAGACAACUUGAAAAAGAAUGUUAAAACAUUGUCAGAUAUAAAGUUACUUCAAUUCUUUGGAGUCUGUUUCCUGUCAUGCUUAGACAUUUGGAAUCUCAAAGUUACAGAGGAGCUGUUCUCUGGAAACAAGACAUGUUUGAGUUUGUGGAAUGCUCGUAUUUUCCCAGUUUGUUCUUCUUUGAGUGAUUCAGUUACAACAUCCCUAAAGAUGUUAAAUGCUGUACAGAACAAGUCAGCAUUCAGCCUGAAUAAAUAUAAGCUGUUGUCCAUUGAAGAAAUGCUUUUCUACAAAGAUGUGGAAGACAUGAUAACUUAUAGGGAGCAAAUUUUUCUAGAAAUUACUUUGAAUAGAAAACAGUCUGAUUUAGAGACAUCUUAAAUAUUGUAUACUCUGCCUUUCUUGAUCAAGAUUGUAGAUGCAGGAAUUUUCUGUAGGCUUGUUUUUUAAUUGAAGUGAAUUAAUGAAAAUUAUAUUAACAUGCUUGCUGUAGCAUAAAAUUAAUAACAAAAGUAUAAAUAAACCAUUUUUAGAUGAAAGAAUAGCUUAAGGAUGUAAGUUCAGAAAAUUGAUUUUUUAAAAUAUUUAUCACUAUUUAAAUUUUUCUUUUAUAAAGAUGGACUUGUGGAACAUUAUUUUGUUCAC